AUGAGCCAAAAUCCGUCACCAUUUCCGCUUUCAUCGUCAGCCAAGGAAUACCAUCUCAACUCCAUUCCACUCAACAACAAUACAAAUACCAACAUCACACCCAUCAAUACACUGUCGUCGUCUCUUCCACAUGAAACUAUAUUUUUUGAAAAUUAUAAAAACUACUCGGGAAAAUCUUAUUACUCGUCCAAUGCUAGCAGUACUGCAAAUACUCCUCUCGGUGGAGUGAUCAUUAAUCAUGGUGGCUCGGAAUUAAUUUCAAAUUCCGAGGUGUUUAUUAGUGAUUGUCCACUUAUUAAUCAAAGUGUGUUUGUGAAAUGGCUGCAAGGAUUAUCCAUUGAAACAACAUCAAAAUAUUUACUCGAAAAACAGCGAUCAUCAUACAUGGAAUAUUUUACAAAAUUUUCCUUCUUUGUUGACAGUUAUUACCAACUCAUCACCAAUGAAGUAGCCUAUCAGUACCGAAUAUUUAACGAUUUUCAACCUUAUUUACAAAAUCCUUUAUUAUUCAUGAGCUGCAAUACCAUUCUUCAAGUUGCUCCCAGCGUAAAGCACUUACUUAUACAGCAAUAUUUCGACUUUGAUGAAAGAGUUUACAGAGAAUUAAUGGGAAAAAAGCUCACUUCAAAACUGAGAAGAGAUUUGGAAGAAAUUAGCGAAAAGUAUGGCAUUGAAAUUAUUUCCGUGCGAAGGCAAUUUGACAAUUUAAAAGCCAUCUUUAAAUUUUUCAAAUCUUCUGCAUCUAGUCCUUUAGCGGAUCUUGUCUCUCUGGAAAAGUCUGACGAUGGUCAAUCUAUUCUUUCAAAAAUUAUACAAGAAAAAUUUAUUCUUUCUGAAAGAUUGGCAGAAAAAUAUGCCACACUUGUAUUUAUGACCUAUCAACGAUUUGAAACCUCCAGAAAAUUCAUGAAAGAUUUCAAUUUUCAAGAUUUGUACUUUUUGUGUAGCCAAAUUUUGAAACAUUGGACCUAUGAAGCAAGAGGUAUCAAUGCAACAAGUUCGAUUAAGCCUCCUAUCAUUAGCUUUGCCAACGAGUCGUCGAGUCCAAUUAAUAUUUCUACAAGUAUUGCGCAACAUCUUCCAGAGGAAGAACCAAUCACAGUUUUUGAUGCUCAUCAAAUUUCUUUGGAUUUUAUCAAAUUUCGAGACAUUAAGACUGUCAUUUUCUCUGACAAGACACGACUCAAGGAAUAUGUGGCGCUAAUUAUCAAACAACUAUCUGAGGACAAGGCCUUCUCCGAUGGAAGUUUGGAAAAAAUUGAGGAAAUUAUCGUGGAAAUGCUAAAAACUUUACUACAAAUUGGGCAAGGACUCAUCAGUGCUAAGGAAAUGAGAGAUAUAUUCAUUGAUUUGGCAGAAAAGUUUAUUGAGCCAAUUGAGAGGAUUGGUUUAACAGGUCAUCAGUUCUUUCAGUUAUUGGAGGCCAUUAGAGAAUGUUUUCCCAAAAUUUCAACAGUCAAACCACAACACAUUCUCAAGUACAAUCCAACAUUUUCGCAGUACAUGCUCGUCAUUAGAGACCUUUCUGUCUUUAUGUAUAAAAAGUUUAACUAUUAA